CAAUAAUGUAGUAAGAGCAAACAUGAAGACUCUGUUCAAGAAGCUGUAUUCAACAUUGGAUUGUUCGAGUCCAAUCAAUGCCAACCUCAUCUCUUACUACUUCUCCCUCGUUAACUCAUCGCCGAACUGCAAGCAUUUACGCCACCUUCACGCUCGCUUGCUAAGGACCUCUCUUUACGACAAUGUUGUUAUCAGUUCUAGGCUUGUUUUGGCUUAUUCCCAGCAAAACCACCUCGUCCCUUACUCGCUUUCUGUCUUCUUUCAUAUGCCCCAAAGGAAUAUCUAUUCAUGGAACAUCAUAAUCGGAGAGUUCUCCCGCUCAAAUUCCCCUCUUAAAGCCAUAGAUUUGUUUCUUCAUAUGUGGCAGAGUUCUGAUGUCAGACCCGAUGACUUCACUUUCCCGCUUGUUCUAAGGGCAUGCGUGAGUUCUGGGCUAGUGAAACUAGCUCUUUCUUUUCAUGGGUUGUGCUUGAAAUUGGGUUUCGAAAGGAGUCUAUUUGUUGCUUCUGCUAUGGUCUUCAUGUACGUGAAUUUUGGGAAGAUUUUUGAUGCGCGAGUCCUGUUCGAUGGAAUGCCAAAGAGAGAUGCAGUGAUGUGGACGGCAAUGUUGGAUGGAUAUGCGAAGCAUGAGGAACCGACGUUGGGUUUGGCAUUAUACAGAGAAAUGAUUGAUGCUGGGGUUUCGCCUGAUUGGGUUGUUAUGUUAAGCUUGCUUUUAAUGUGUGGACUAUCGGGGUGGUUAAAGCAUGGGAAGAGUGUCCAUGGAUGGUGUGUGAGAAGGUCAUUGGGGAUGGAACUGAAUUUAGGCAAUGCCAUUGUCGAUAUGUACUUAAAGUGUGCUGUGUUAACUUAUGCUCACAGGGUUUUCAAUACGAUGAACCAAAGAGAUGUCAUCUCUUGGAGCUCUCUCAUAUUGGGACACGGGUUGAGUGGGGAUGUUAGGACCGCAUUCGAACUUUUCCAGAAUAUGAUUGCUGAAGGGGUUAAACCCAACGAAGUUACAUUUCUUGGUAUAUUAUCAGCUUGUUCCCAUGGUGGACUAGCGGAAAAAGCAAGUUUGUGUUUCGAGAUGAUCGGAGACUAUGGGGUGACACCAGAGUUGAAACACUACGCUAGCAUGGUCGAUUGUUUGGCGAGAGCAGGGCUUUUGGAGCAGGCAGAAGAAUUUGUAAAUGGAAUGCCUAUGGAACCUGAUGCAGCCAUACUAGGAGCUAUUCUAGCUGGAUGUCGAGUUCAUAACAACGUCGAAGUCGGUGAGCGAAUCGCAAAGAAACUCAUUGGUCUAGAGCCAGAGAAAUGUGGUUAUUAUGUGUUGUUGUCGAACAUAUAUGCCGCCACAGGUAAGUUCGAUGAAGCUGAGAAAGUUAGGCAGGUGAUGAGGGGGAAGAAUGUAUCGAAAGUACCAGGUUGUAGCUCGAUUGAGUCGGAGUGUUGGCUUUCCUCUUCGGCAAAGCAAUGAAGUUAUUUUGUUGGUUUGCUGUUCCUGCAAGGAGUUGCGCACAAAUGUUGAGUAUUAUAGAGCCUGAAAUUAAUUGGGCUUAUAGGUUUCAAUGGGCAUAUAUCCUUGGGUAA